AUGGCGGACUCUAGCUUUGAUAGCACACCUGUACUGGUAGGCCUAUCUCUUCUGGACAGCUAUAUGCUGGACAUCAGAAACUACAUUCCAGUCGGAUGUAUCCGUGUCAGAUGCGAUGGCAGUGUUCCAUCAGAUGCGUGGUAUGGCUGUUUGGAUGGAGAUCUCCAUGGACGAUGGAUGGCCUUCGCGCAUCCUCGGGACAUGCUCAAUCCUGGCGGAGGACUUCUAAUCCCUAAUACCUUGCAAUUUAGGUUCUUCCAGCUACCACUGCUGAAGCCAUUCUUGGGGCUCUUCAAUGCAGCGUGGAUCCGCAUGGAGUUCCGAGCCAACGAUCAACACCGAGGACAAAUCCGCGUCUACGUUCUCCCAGACGAUUUUGGCCGCUCAGUCAUCGAUCGCAGCAACGCGUCGUUCCGUAAGGCUAUGUUGCCGCUCCUCGCACGACUCGAUAUCUCAAGCACCACAUGGCAGGGACAAUGGCAGAGUUCUCGGGUCCGUCACGUGGACUCCUCUCUCGAUAUCCGCUACCGACCACAAUCUCUGUUCGAGACGUUUAUGGCUUUGCCCUCUCCACAGCCCGAUCCGCAACUCGUCGCCGACCCGUGGGCAGCACAAGCAAUGUACCAAAUUCUGGACAAUCAGGUUGACGGUCUGAAGACUAGCUUGCAUGAAUAUCAGCGUCGUUCGGCGGCUAUGAUGCUUCAACGAGAAUCGACGCCGGUGCACAACUUGGAUCCAAGAUUAAGAAGUCUGACUGAUCAAAGUGGAAAGUCGUGGUACGGUGAUGCGAACGCCGGGUAUUGUUUCCGCGAUCCACGGACCCAUGAAGCUCCUAGAGGUGGUAUCUGUAUCGAGAAUAUGGGGAUAGGUAAGAUUGUAAUCUGUUUGGCGCUGAUCGUAGCCUCGAAAGAUUGUACCGCUCGUAUUCCAGAGGAGUAUUUACAUGAUUCGAUACCAGUGCGUAAGAGCACGGGAUCCCUGAUGGAGAUGGCCGCAGCUACCAUAGGCAGAGAAUCCGUCCCCUGGAAGACAACACUCGCAAAUCUUGAAGCCCAAGAAGGAUACUGCUUCGAACGUUGUCGUGAAGCUUUGGAGAAGGGUGCAGGAUACUAUAUGCUUCCCGCCUCAUCUUCUCAGCGCAAUUCAGAUGAUCAGAGCGAUCCUCAACCCCGCAAGAUCAUCCUUUCAGCGGCUACUAUAGUUGUAGCAGGGGCAUUAUUGAUCAACACCUGGGAGGCGGAGGUUAAAAAGCAUACAGUUGGACUGAAAGUCUUGGUGAUGAAGGCGAUGACAGAUGAGCUGCCCGUGCCCAGUGAAAUUGCCGCGUGCGAUAUCAUUCUGUUCACUAAGAAGCGAUUCAAGAAAGAGGCCCAGGAGAGCCUGAAGGUGGAGAGCGCUCAAGACGCAGAUAACAUUCUUCUCGCAAGCAUGUUGGUGGCGAUGGGGACGGAGACUUCAAUAGCCACAGCCGUGAGAAAUAAUUUGAACAUCCUUGCGAACAACUCACCCCUCCGGGAAAUCCACUUCAAGCGCCUUAUUGUGGACGAAGGACAGGGGUUUGGUCCAGCUCCUCGCAAGGAGUGCCUCCCCAUUGUCGAUUUUUUCCAACUGUCGUCCCGUUGGGUUGUCUCCGGAUCGCUGCUCGACUGUAGCUCGAGCUCUGAGGGUUCAUCAGAUGAAAUUGACCAGGAUCCAAAUCAAGUCGCCUUGCAUCGCCAACAAGAGCGCCAGGAUCUCGACAUACUGGGCUCUAUUGUCACCUCGUUCCUGAAAGCCCAGCCAUGGGUCAAUCUUCCGGGGGACUACCAGCCUGCGGUAUGGUCGCAGCUGAUUGAGCAGCGUCAUGGCUCCGAGGGUCUGGGUCGAGACCAAGGUCGAGGUUUGGAGUGCUUGCGUGCGACCAUGAAAGGACUGGUCGUCCUCGUGCAGCAUCCGGAUUUGGCUCAGACUGCACCUGAGGACGAGGAUGAGGAUGGGGAUGAGGAUGAGGAUGAGGAUGAGGAUUCCGAUCUGAAGCCGCCGGGAUCGAGUCCGGACGGCGAAAAGGCGAAGACAAUUGGAGUUCGUAGUAGUCUUCGUAUUAGUGAGAAGGGGAAGGGGAAGGGGAAGGGGAAGGGGAAGGGGAAGGGCAAGGCAAAGGCAAAGGCGGAGGAGCUUGGACUCACGCUGGCUUAUGGGCAUGUACGUGCACCUGCAUCAGGAUCAGGGACGACGAGUGCGCAUCCGCAUCCCGACUCGGAGCUUCGCCGUCAGCUGAUCACGGACAUGGCCGGCCCGUCGGGCAUUCGUGGCUCCCAUGACUACUUCGAAGAACUAGAUGAGCUGGAGGCUAUGAUGGCUGGCCCCGACGGCGGUAUGGUCGGCGAGGAUGCUGAAGGGUUUUUUCAGCAGGGAAGAUGA